AUGGGACUGGUGCUUCGAGCUCUGUCGGUUUAUCAAGCUUUUGGAACCAAAAGGUACUUUACUUCAAACUAUCUUGAAGACACUAAAGUAGCAGCCGUUGGACCUGCACAAAACCACAAUCUACUUCAACAAGGUCGUUACCCGGCAUUGGUGCGACCAACCACGAUCGUUUUUAUUACAACACAAGAACCACCUCCAAAAAUGACUUUGGCAACCGAGUUUGCUGAGACCACUCGUCGUUCAGCAUCGAGUGCUGAGAUGAGAAAGCGUGUUUUGCAUUUAUACAGAAAGUACAUGAGAUAUUCAAGGGAAAUGUCUAAUAUUUACGAAUUGGACAUGCCAGUUUCCAAUGUUAAGACCAAAAUUAGACAAGAGUUCGAGAGACAAAGAUUUGUAAAGGACUUAGAAAUAUCCAAUGUGUUGUAUAUGAAAGGUCAGAUGGAAUUUCAGGAGUUGAUCAACUUUUGGAAGCAACAAUGUCAUGUCAUGAAGUACUUUGAAAACCAAGGUGACACUCAAUUUGGAGACAAAAACGACUUUGUCAAGAAUUUCUUAAGGGGAAACUAA